AAGCAGGGGUUUCAACACAGAGUACGGGGGGGAGCCACUGGCUCGCUGAGCGUGACCCAGUGACUAGCGCACCAAGGUGUGGAUGCCCAAGUGUCGCCUUUUAGUUAUUUUCAAGACAGCUUGAAAAGAAGUUACUGGAGCUGUGCCCUGUGACCAUGUCGUCCAUUAAGAUUGAGUGUGUUCUGCCCGAGAGGUGCCACUGCGGUGAAUCUCCAGUGUGGGAGGAAUCAUCAGGCUCUCUGCUCUUCGUGGAUAUCCCUGGGAAAAAGCUAUGCCGGUGGAAUCCACUCACCAAGGCAGUGCAGCGAAUGACUGUAGAAGCGCCGGUCUCCUCGGUGGCCCUGCGCCGGUCUGGAGGCUAUGUCGCCACCAUUGGAACAAGGUUCUGCACUGUCAACUUACAAGAUCAGUCAGUAGUUACCCUGGCCACAGUGGAUAACGAUAAGAAAAACAAUCGAUUCAAUGAUGGGAAGGUGGAUCCUGCAGGAAGAUUCUUUGCUGGUACCAUGGCCGAGGAGACAGCCCCAGCAGUGCUUGAGUGGCACCAAGGAUCCCUGUACGUCCUCUUUCCUGACCAUCAAGUGAAAAAGGACUUUGCUCAAGUGGACAUCUCCAAUGGUUUGGAUUGGUCCCUAGACCACAAAAUCUUCUAUUACAUUGACAGCUUGGCUUACUCGGUGGAUGCCUUUGAUUACGACCUGCAUACCGGACAGAUCUCCAACCGCCGGAGCAUUUACAAGCUGGAGAAAGAGGAACAAAUCCCAGAUGGAAUGUGUAUCGAUACUGAAGGGAAGCUUUGGGUGGCCUGUUACAAUGGAGGAAGGGUGAUCCGCUUGGAUCCUGAGACAGGAAAAAGACUCCAAACUGUGAAGUUGCCUGUGGACAAAACAACUUCAUGCUGCUUUGGAGGGAAGGACUACUCUGAACUGUAUGUGACCUGUGCCCGGGAUGGGCUGGACCUCAACAGUCUUUCACGACAACCUGAAGCUGGUGGAAUUUUCAAGAUAACUGGCCUGGGCGUUAAAGGAAUCGCUCCCUAUGCUUAUGCUGGAUAAGUGACAGGUGUUCCUUCGUGCCAGAGGAAGCUUUGAAAACAACAGAAUUCUGGGGCCAAAACUGCAAUCAGCAAAAUGAAGCAAGGAGAUAAUUAAGGCUAAAUUGUAAUCUCACUUAAUUUUUUAAAAAAAGUACAGCCUUUUUAAUAAGCCAUGAUAACACACUAUGAGAUCGUUUGUAAAAAUGCAAAAAAAAAAAAAAUUGUUCUAAUGUCCCCAAAGCCUCUUGAUUCUUUAAAAAUGGGCUGAGAGGGUGUGGAGGUGAGGACUGGGACAGCUGUUCUGUAUUCCAUAGUCAACAUCCCUAAGGCUUCAAAAAUUUAAAAAAAGAAACACUAAUAAAUAAAAACCUGG